AUGGUGCGGCUUUUCACGAAGCUUAUCGCAUGCCUUGCUGUACAGACCGCAGGCGCAUACGUCCAUCCGAGCAUGGUAACUAUCACGAAUGACAUAAGAAGGCAUCAAGAAGCGCCAGUACCGACGCCUCCUAUACAAGGACUGGAUAGGCGCCAAACAGAUGGUGCUGGCCGGACGUAUACUCGAACCAUUGCCCCUGACUCUGUCUGUGGCUACCUUUCAGCCUCGCCUGGCAACGACAUUGUCUGCGAAAACGGCGAGCGCUGCAACUGGGUCAAAGCAAACGGGCUCAAUGCCGUCUUCUGUGGCAUCAGCAAGAAUGUAACUGCCAAAAUUAAAUGCUACGAGCGCGACGCGAUGGCAGCCGACCCUGGGCUAUGUAAUGACGUUUGCCAAAGCAAUAAGUUCAACCUGCAAUGCACCGAUGGAGCAGCACCAUACUGUCGUACAUACGCUUAUCCAGAAGGCAUACGCGACUACAGAUGUGCCUCGACGCCCGUAACCGUGGCACAAAGUGCCGACUUUACCUAUGAAGGACAGGUAGGCCGUUCUUUUGAGACGACAGUCGUCUCCAAUAUUGCAAGGACGACCGAGGAAUCACAGAGCGAUUCGACUCCCGUGACAGCCUCCUCAAGAACAGGAACAACACCAAUCUCCACUUCGGAUUCCUUAAAUUCGUCAAACGAGUCGAAAGGAAGUAGUGUGCCCGUUGGUGCGAUAGUUGGUGGUGUAGUCGGAGGCGUUGCCUUGAUCGCUCUCGUCGCUGUCGCCAUUUUCUUCUUUCGUAAAAGAUCCACGCGGAAACGAAACUCGCCGGCAGAGAAUAUUGACGGCGGCUAUCCUUCGGUUCAACAAGUCUAUCCCGAGCCUGACCGACAGGUGUACCCACUACCAUCACCACGUAGCGAACUGUACGGCUCAAAAAGCGGCAUGAUUUCGCCCGUCCAGUCCACAGACUAUGGACGGCCCGAUUCUUCGGCUUAUGACGGUCAGACAGUCAGUGAUAUGCACAGGCCGUACUCGCCGGAAGCCCAUUCUUCAUUCCAACAACCAGUGGCUUACGAGAUGGACCAAGGAAACAGCCACAAUAGGGGACAGGUGCAUGAGAUGGGCUGA